AUGCCAGGGACAUCAGGAAGAUGUGAUGGCAUUGAAAUCUUCCAUGCAUGCAUGUUUCACUGCAAUUUUGAAUCUCCUUGUGAGCUGGAAUAUUCCCUUACCUCAAGAGAUGAGGAAACCCCCAGCAAUGCCUGGCUCAGACUGAGUGCAGAGGAGAUCUCACAGCUAAACAUCCCCGAUGGGCCAGAGAGAGAUCACUCUGAGAAUACACCCAAAGGUUCAUUUCUGUUUCUCAAUGCAUCUGAGAGGCCAAGCCCCGUCAUCCUGAGCCCUUGGCUGAGAAGCAGCAGUGACCAAUGCAUAGUUCAAGUGGCUGUUUAUAAGUUUUACCAGCAGAGUGGAGAAUAUAUUGCUCGUGUCCUUCCCAUUGAUGAAAGCAGCAUUGAAAUCUUAUCAGUGGAGAGUUCGGAGAAACUAGGCUGGGUUGUUGCUUCAAAGGAGAGUUGGACAUCUAGAAAACCAUUUCGGAUCUCACUGGAGUACCUUGCUAAUGGGAACAGCAUAGCAGCUGUGGAUUCCUUUGCAAUGAAGAACUGCAGUACAGGAUAUGCUUCUGGCUCAAAAAUGGCUCUGGAAGGUUCCUUCAGCUGCUGGAAUGGAACAGCAAUCAGACUGGGGCAGGCAUGCGACUUCAUCAGGGACUGCACCAAAGGAGAAGAUGAGGGAGAGAUAUGCAAAAAUCUUCCUUCUGGCUUUUAUUGCUCUUUUGAAGAAGGAGACUGUGGAUGGAUGCAGGGCUCUUCCCCAUCCCAUCCUUCUCCAUGGCGGAUUGGAAGCCCAGACCACAACCAGUUUCCUCCAGGAGAAGGUUGUGCACUCCUCCUUAACACCAGCAAAGUACCAGCAGUAGCAAACACUGUCAUGACCAGCACUGCGUUUCCAGCUCCUUUGAGGAAUUCCCCCUGCAAGCUACGAAUGUCAUGGCUCAUCCAUGGUGUCUUGCUGGGAAAUAUCUCUCUGGUGCUGGUCAAGAACAAGACAGGAAAAGAAGAGAGACAGACUUUCUGGCAUUCCAAUAACAGCAAAGCUUCAGGAAUAUGGCAGUGGAUCAUCUUGCCUCUCCCAGAUAUACUGGAUAGGUUUUGGUUUCAGAUCAUUGCUUCAUGGGAAGAAGGAUCUGAUGCCAUUGUUGCUUUUGACAAUGUCUCCCUUAGUCUGGACUGUUAUUUAACAAUCAAUGGAGAGAAGAUAUCUCAAAGAACCACUCUAGACUCAAGCAAUUUGGUCACCAAUAGAGGUGGCCAGAAGAAGUUUGGAUGGGAACAAAAACUCCUGGGAAAUCUCCAAACCAACACUGCCCCAAUUUCUGGUUCAGCAGAUCACUGGUUAUUCACAACAUGUGGUGCCAGCGGACCCUAUGGCCCCACUCAGAGCCAAUGCAACAAUGCCUACAGGAACUCCAACCUCAGCGUGAUGGUGGGAGCUGAAGGGAUUCUCCAAGGCAUUCAGAUCUGGAGAGUACCAGCAACCAACACAUACAGCAUCUCAGGCUAUGGAGCUGCUGGUGGGAAAGGAGGGAAAAACACCAUGGUGCGGUCCCAUGGAGUGUCUGUGCUGGGAAUUUUUGACCUCCAGAAGGAUGAUACUUUGUAUAUCUUGGUGGGACAGCAAGGCGAAGAUGCUUGUCCCAGUACUAAUGAAGUUAUACAGAAAGUCUGCAUUGGAGAGAACAAUGUGAUUGAAGAAGAGAUACGUGUGAACAGAAGUGUCAAUGAGUGGGCAGGAGGAGGUGGAGGUGGAGGAGGUGCAACUUACAUAUUUAAGAUGGAGAAUGGAGAACCAGUCCCCUUGAUAAUUGCAGCAGGAGGUGGUGGCAGGGCCUACAGGGCCAAAACAGACAUGUUUCAUCCAGAAAGGCUGGAGAAUGAUUCCUCCAUUCCAGGGUUGAAUGGAAAUUCAGGAGCUGCAGGUGGUGGAGGUGGCUGGGAUGAUAACACUUCCUUCCUGUGGUCAGGAAAAUCCUUGUUGGAAGGUGCUACUGGUGGAAGAUCCUGCCCCCAGGCCAUGAAGAAGUGGGGGUGGGAGACAAGAGGGGGUUUCGGAGGGGGUGGAGGGGGGUGCUCCUCAGGUGGAGGAGGCGGAGGAUAUAUAGGUGGCAAUGCUGCAGUGGACAAUGACCCAGAGAUGGAUGGGGAGGAUGGUGUGUCCUUUAUUAAUCCAAUUGGUAUUUUAUACACUCCAGCACUUAAAGUGACAGAGGGGCAUGGAGAGGUGGAUAUUAGGCUGCAUCUUAACUGCAGUCACUGUGAGAUGGACGAGUGCCAUGUUGAUCUUGAGACUCAGAAAGUCAUUUGCUUUUGUGAGCCAGGCACAGAGUUGGCUGAGGAUGGUGUGUCUUGCAUAGCUGAGCCAGUGGUUCAUCUCCCUCUCUCCUUGGUCUUGUCUGUAGUGACAUCAGCAUUGGUGGCUGCUUUGAUUUUGGCUUUUUCAGGAAUCAUGAUAGUGUAUCGUCGGAAGCAUCAGGAGCUGCAAGCCAUGCAGAUGGAGUUACAGAGCCCAGAAUAUAAACUGAGCAAGCUGCGUACCUCCACUAUCAUGACAGACUACAAUCCCAACUACUGCUUUGCAGGAAAGACCACAUCUGUUAGUGACCUCAAAGAGGUGCCUCGAAAAAAUAUCUCCCUCAUCCGGGGUUUGGGCCACGGAGCCUUUGGUGAGGUAUAUGAAGGUCAGGUGGCAGGGAUCCCCAGCGACCCCACUCCUUUGCAGGUGGCUGUGAAAACACUGCCAGAAGUGUGUUCAGAGCAAGAUGAGCUGGAUUUCCUCAUGGAAGCUCUCAUUAUUAGCAAGUUCAACCACCAGAAUAUUGUGCGCUGUAUCGGGGUGAGCUUGCAGGCACUGCCUCGUUUCAUCCUGCUGGAGCUCAUGGCUGGAGGUGACCUGAAGUCAUUCCUGAGAGAGACACGGCCUAGACCGAAUCAGCCCUCCUCCCUUUCCAUGCUGGACUUGCUCCACGUGGCUCGUGACAUUGCUUGUGGGUGUCAGUACCUGGAGGAGAAUCACUUCAUUCACAGGGAUAUUGCUGCCAGGAACUGCCUCCUUACCUGUCAAGGGCCUGGGAGAGUGGCCAAAAUUGGAGACUUUGGAAUGGCUCGGGAUAUAUACAGAGCCAGCUACUAUAGGAAGGGUGGGUGUGCAAUGUUGCCUGUCAAAUGGAUGCCUCCUGAGGCUUUCAUGGAAGGGAUAUUUACAUCAAAAACAGACACAUGGUCCUUUGGCAUAUUGCUGUGGGAGAUAUUCUCUUUGGGAUACAUGCCCUACCCUAGCAAAAGUAACCAGGAGGUUCUGGAGUUUGUAACCAAUGGAGGAAGAAUGGAUCCACCUAAAAACUGCCCUGGCCCUGUUUACCGAAUUAUGACCCAGUGCUGGCAGCAUCAGCCUGAAGACAGACCUAAUUUUGCCAUCAUCCUGGAGAGGAUUGAGUACUGCACUCAGGAUCCAGAUGUCAUCAACACUGCAUUGCCAGUAGAAUAUGGCCCAUCAGCUGAGGAGGAGGAGAAGGUAGUGAUGCGCCCUGACAAUCCAGAAAAAAUCCCUCCUCUCUUGGUCUCAACACAUCAAGACAGAAAAGAUGACAAGCAAACUCUGCCAUCUCCACCACCCCUGCCAUCAGCCAUCACUACUGGAAAACCUCUAGGGAAGGUAGGAGUCUUGGAACCGCCAGUCCCAGGGAAGGUAGAGUCAGCCUCAAUAGGGGGACAUGUCAACAUGGCCUAUUCCCAGUCCAAUCCUCCUUCUGAGCUACACAAAAAACGGGGCUCUAGGAACAAGCCCACCAACCUUUGGAAUCCCACCUAUGGCUCCUGGUUUGCGGAGAAGCAGGCAAGCAAAAACAGUUCUCCACCGGAGAAAGAGAUGCCUGGGAAGGAGAAUUUGGGACAGGAAGGAAACUGUACUGUGGGACCCAACAUUAUAACUGGCAGGCUGCCAGGCUCCUCUCUGCUAUUAGAGCCAUCUUCCCUAACAGCAAGUGUUAAAGAAGUGCCUCUCUUUAGGCUCCGCCACUUCCCCUGUGGGAAUGUCAACUACGGAUACCAACAGCAGGGUUUACCCUUGGAAGCCUCCACACCCCCUUGUGCUAGCAGUUACGAGGACCCCGUCCUCAGAAACAAGAGCCACAUAACCCAGCAAGGGCCAUGAGAGCCCUCUGCCCUCUUGACUUUCUCCCCUGUGGCCCCUGGGUCUUGAAGAGAUGUCCUGUUACCCAAUACACCACAAGCAAGGGAUCUGACAGCAUCACCUUCUGUUUUGUGCCAACUAGCUCCAAAAGUUACCCCCCCUGAAGCUGUAAUUUCAGCUAAUCCAAGAGGCUUCAA